AUGGUUGCAAACACUCACAACACGGCAGACGUCCCAAAAGCGUCCAUCCCAUUCUUGCCUGGAAACAGCUUUGGUGAUGCUACCAAAACCGACUUUCGAAAAGCCCACACUUUAGAUUACAAAAACUCUUACGCUCUACAAAAGCAAGUUCGUCUCUCUAUUGGCGGUGUCGCUCAUCAGGCCCACAUCCAACCAAGUGCUCAGGAUUUGUUGCAAUGGAGUGGUAAAGAUCCAGCUAUAACAUAUGGAGACAAGCAGUUCCAUGCACCCAAAGUCGAGCCCCGUUUCGUCCCUGCUUAUGUGGCCUUUGAUAAAGUGGUCCUCCGAUUCGACGCGUACUUCAAACAAGCAGUCCACGAAUCGCGUGAACAGUUCCACCUCCGUCGUGUACGAAUCCUCUACUAUCUCGAAGACGAUUCCGUCGCCGUAGUCGAACCUGAAUUCGAGAACUCGGGUAUCUUGCAAGGAGUACUCAUUAAACGCCAACGAUUACCAAAGUCAUCAACAGAGUACUACCGGGCUCGUGAUUUCAACCUGGGAAUCAAUUUGCAGAUUUAUGGAAGAACUUAUCGUGUUGUUAACUGUGACAAGUUUACUGAGCAAUACAUGAGAGAGACAGAAAACAUCAUCUUGAACGCUCCAGAAGACAUGCCAACAGACCAAUACAUCGUAUCCCGAGAACGUGUGCCCAGAAACCCAUCGCACUCUGUCGAGAAACACGAUCUAUUAAAGAGAUUCUUGGAGAAUGAUCGCAAAGUAUUGAGAUUCUACUGCGUUUGGGAUGAUCGUGAUUCCAUGUUUGGUGAAUUACGUGAAUUCGUCCUGCACUAUUUCUUGGUUGAUGACUGCUGUGAAGUCCGUGAGGUACAAAAGCCAAAUAACGGACGUGAUCCCUCGCCUAUUUUGGUCCGUCGUCAACAUUUGAACAAGGAUGGAUCUGCUAACGAGAACGCUGAAGUGUACACCUGGAGAGACUUCCAAAUUGGACAAAGCAUUAACGUCUUGGGACGCAAAUUCCUCUUACGAGACUGCGACGACUACACUCGCAGAUUCUACCAGACCACACUCGGAGUCUCACCAUCAAGUCUCGUUGCCAUCCCAGUAGAAACAACCCCACAACGUGUCCUUGAACCUGAAGUGCCUCCAUACAAUGGAUAUGGAGAUGUUGAAGAUUCGCUCGGAAGCUGCCGAUACUUGGUAUUGAAGCCUCCAAAGAAAGACUUCUUGAAGGCUUUGGAGAACGAGCAUAAGGUUUUGAGAUUUGUUGCUCGUAUGGAUUCCAAACACAAGGAAGACAAGGACCGUCGAUUCGUCAUCAGUUACAGAUUGGCUGAUGAUACCAUGACUAUCUACGAACCACCACAACGAAACGCCGGCAUCCUCGGUGGCAAAUUCAUGGAACGCAAACGCGUCCUCCUCCCCGGCUCUGCCCUCUCCGAUGCCGAAGGUCCCAAAUACUACAAAACGGCCGACCUAAACGUUGGCGCAACGGUCGAAGUCCUCAAACACAAAUUCGUCCUUCUCGACGCUGACGAAUUCGUAUACCAGUACAUGGAAGACAAGAGACAAGAUUUCCCAAUGUCUGAUAUCAACAAGGUUAUGAAGAAGGCUAGUGUUGGAUUGGCUGGAUGCAAGAAUGUGUUGGCACAGGUUGCCAAGAGGUUGGAUUCGAGUGAUGGUGGUGUUGUUGAUCGGAAAAAGUUUUUGGAGGCUACGAGGGAUGUUUGGGGGUCGUGUUUGACUUAUCAUGAGGCCAUCACGCUAUCACGGGCUUUCGAAGAAGAGGAUCGUCAAGUUAGUUAUGUGAAGAUGCUGUCUGCAUUUUAA